AUGGUAUUGUACCAACUGGGUGAGUAUCUUUGUGAAAAAUGCUCAUUUCACUUCGACCUAGUCGGUGCACUUUUAAACUCGGGGAGUUCACCAGGUACAGCCAAAAGUGAAGUUUUACAAGGACAAUAUGCCAAAUUAGUCCUACCAGCUGCUACUUAUGAUUAUGUGGAUGUCGUUGUUACAUAUGUUGAAUCUUGGACUACAGUUCAUGUACAAUUAGCAAAUGCAUAUCGCAUGCUGCAAAAAUUACAGAAACAAUUACAACAAACAUACCAUACCACUAACUCAUUACCAAAUCCUGUCUCAGGUUCGGCCGGAAUUAUAAAAUAUGACUUACAGAAUGAAUGUAAUCGUGUACUUAUCAUUAAACGUAUCGAUCCAACAUUAAUACUUGUACGAUUUGUUGAUUUUGGUUAUACUGAUGUUGCAGCAAAACAGCUAAUUCAUCCAAUAUCAAAAAAUCUAACUGAUUUACCCGGUUCAUUCAAUGAUACUUAA